UAUCUUGUGACCGCGGAAUCUGGUUCUUCUUUCCUUGAGCUUGCACUCUUAGCUGCCAUGCGUUUCUUGGGCGCCGCGUUCCUGUUCCUGGCACUCAGCGCCUCCGCCCUGGCCGAGCCGGUGCAUUUCAAGGACUGCGGUUCUGGGGUCGGAGUUAUAAAGGAAGUGAAUGUGAACCCAUGCUCCACCCAACCCUGCCAGCUGCACAAAGGACAGUCUUACAGUGUCAAUGUCACGUUCACCAGUAGCACUCAGUCUCAAAGUAGCAAAGCCGUGGUGCAUGGCAUUGUGAUGGGCGUUGCAAUUCCCUUUCCUAUUCCUGAGCCUGAUGGUUGUAAGAGUGGAAUCAGCUGCCCCAUUGAAAAAGACAAGACCUAUAGCUACCUGAAUAAACUACCCGUGAAGAGUGAAUACCCCUCUAUAAAACUGGUGGUGGAGUGGGAACUUAAGGAUGACAACGACCAACGUCUCUUCUGCUGGCAAAUCCCAGUACAGAUUGAAAGCUAGAGCUAUUUGAUGCCAAUAUGUCCGUCUGGGGGUGAGAGAGCACGGGUGGAGGGAGAGAAGGAGAAAUCAAGUCUAAACUAAAUCAGUGCCAUAAGAUGAAAGGAAUUUCUAGACUGCCGUUCUAGCCUCUCAACCUCCAAAAGCAUCUAAGACCCUAUUUCCUGAGAGCUCAGAACUGCCACCCCUGUAUUAUCCUUUGUAAAAGGGUUGAAGGAAGGAAGAGAAAGUGAGACUAUAGGGAUUGAUUUAAUUGUCUUCAGGGGGAGUUUUUUGUUUGUUUGUUUGGUUUGGUUUGGUUUUUGCUUUUGGAAUAAGGAGGGUCUAACCAGACAUGAUCCAAUUGAGGCUGCUUGGGGGAUAUUGGAUAACUUGCCCUAGGGUUACCAGCCCUUGUUCCAAACCACAUCCAUCUAGGUGGGAUAUUAUAUCUGCAAGUUCCUCAUCUCCAUGUGCCUCGUUGAGUUCAGUGCAUGUGGCCAAUGAG